AUGGCUGCUGAGGCCGUGAUGAGAAAGUUUUGGUGUUUCUAUCGUGUGGCGCCCGAUAUUGCGGAGACGGCGAACAGGACUUUGCGGGCGACGUGUGAGAGGUUGACACCGCAGGUGUGGUACAACCAAAGGAUCACGUCCGCUAGUCACUUCUGGGCACAGAGAGGCGAGAGGGUCCACAAGCCGGACAUUAUCGGUAAGAAUGCUAAGGCCGAGUACGUGAUGACGGUGGAGGACUACAUGUCGGUUAUCCCCGAUUGGGCCGAGCCGCAUGCCGAGGCAUGGGAGGAGAUGGUUAGGACGAGGUGGCUCAAGCUGGACGAGGACUUUGCAGCCGUGGCGAGGCGGAACGCGGAGAACCGAGGCGACGGUGGCACACACUGCGGGGGAAACCUCAGCUACGAGCGCUACGCGGGGAAGACGGUAUGUAUACAUUUUAUUUUCCGUCAGGUUCAAAGUUGAUACUCACAACAUUUCCUUUCGCGAUGCAGAGGGCCGAGUUAGGACCCGGGGAGGAGAUUUCUGACGUCGAGAUAUACAACAAGAUGCGGCUUAAGAGGCCCGAUCUCUCGCAGCCUUAGCCCUCGCUCCCUGAGUACUUCGGCACCUACGCCGAGGACCGAGAACUACUGCGCGAUGGUGAGGCAUCGUCACCCGGAGGUGGAUGACCCCAUGAGCGCGGAGAUCGAUGAGGAGUCGUUGGUCCUGUCGUCCGGAGGGUUGCCGCAUGGCCGUCUCAAGAUGCUUAACAAGGCCGUCAAGCAUACCCUCACCACGACCUUCACGCGUCUCAAGGCGGGCCUCACCAAGGACAACCCCCCUCUCCCGCCUCGUCGCCAGCCUCGGCAACCCGCA